GACGCCGCUGCGGGAGGCGGUGGGUGAGGCGUGGCUGCGCGUACCCGCGGUGUAGCGGUGUCCCGGACCCGCAGCGGUGCAGAUCCCGCCUGGCAGCCCCUCGAGAGGGUCCGGCCCCUGCCGCUGUGUCCCGCUCCUUGCCCGGGCCACGGCAGACCCGCGGGUGGCCGUGGGCCGAACCCGCCGUGACAGCCCCGCCAGCGCCACCGCCCCCGCCGAGCAGAGCCCGAGCCCCAUCCCUGCCUGCUCGGAGGCAGAUUUUCCGCCCCCGGUAUCCCAGCGCAUCCCCUUAACCUUACCACAACCUCAGGGCUGAGCUCUGGUUCCCUUCUCCGAAGGAGGGAGAGCCCGGGCGGAUCGGGCUGCCCUGGGCCACGCCAGCCCCAGGCGGUGUGAGUCCGGCGGGAUGCUGGACCUCAUCCCUCCCUCCAAACCCCCCUGGGAAUGCCUGCCAGUGCUUCCCAGUGCUGCUGGACAGACACCGCAUCCCUGCAUAAACCCCCUCGGGCUUCCUGCCAGGGCUUCCCAGCGCGGUCAGUGGCCGGGUGGGAGAGGCAGCAAGCGUGGCACAUCCCGGGGGGAACGGGUAUAAUGCACUUGUGUGCAUUAUACACAUUAUAACGUGUAUAAUGCACACUCCCAAGUGGGAAGGUGCGGCUGGCUGGAACCGAAGGGCCCUGGUGAUGGGGCAGGCAGGCACACACCUUGCUGCGGGCUGCGGGUGGCAGGGGCUCGCUGCCAGACCGGGAGGGGAUGUGCUGAGAUGCCGUAGGGGUUUUGUUGGGGCGCUGGUAUGGGCAGUAUUUCUAUCCGUGACUUGCACGUACCUGUGUCACACCAGCCCCUGUGCUGCAAGGGCUGGUCUGUAUCCAGGAGGGUUUGAGCUCUAGAAGGCAAUUCAAUAAAGCCAGGUACUGCAGGCUGUGCACAAAGACCUGUCCUGGCACUGCCAGGUUGCCUGUGUGUGUGAUGCAGGGGAUUCAGGUGGCACACGCCAGAAAGGAGCCACCGCUUGGGAUAUACCUCAGGAAGUGUUUGGAGAGCAUGACCCGUAAGGGACAGAGGGACUGAAUUCGUUUUAGAGAAGAGAAGGGGAAGCUUCACAUSUGUUAAUGCCUGCACGUAUCUCUCAGGUCUGUCCUGCUACAAGGGACGUUCAGCCCUUUCUACCUUCCUCCCUGUAGACAGAAGUAAAGGAGACUUAGUGGAGAUACUGAGGAACAAACUUGUCAACAGCAGCUCUGGUGGCACAGGGGCAGUUUUUGUGAGGAGCUGUCUGAACCUCCUCAGAGCAGAGGGGGAAGAUGUGAGAGCAAGAGGUACAGCUCAUCUGACCUGGAUCUUCAGGUACACUUGAUCUGCACUGAGAAGGGUGGGGGUAUGGGUUAACUGCCCACUUGAGCUGCCUUUUAGCCCUCAGGAUUAGAGAAAUACCGUAGUAAUUGCUCCAUAAUAUUCUAAAGCCUGGCUUUGGCCGGCAGCCUUGCUUGGCACCUUUUGUAUAACUUGAUCUUUUAAACUAACCUCCAAAUGUCACAAGUGAGCACAUGAAGCAAGGCUGGCUGUCCCCUUGCUUGCCCUGCAGAGCCCACGGUAAGCUGAAAGCUGCAAAAUAAGCCUGGAAGUGGGCAAGAACCCCAAACUAUCUGGGCCCCUGGAAAGUGAGUAAGGCUUUGAAAAUCCUGUGUAGCUUGCGGUGGCUUUGUUGUUUUCCUGAGAGGUGUGUAGUUGUUCAUGGCUUGGUUAGUUCUCCUGUUUUGCUUUCUCUGAGCUGGGUGAGAUUGGGGAUGGUGGCUGGGGCUGCCCUUCCCUCACCGUGUGCCUCCAGACAGCCAGGCAGACUCUGGCUAGGACACAACAAAUGGACCUCCUCCUUGUGUCGUGCUGCAGCUGACACGGUGACUUGCCUGGUGAAUCAUAAGUGAAUGCUGCUGAGAGCUGAGCUUUUUGCAGACACCACAGCAUUAGCCCCACUCCUUGGACAAGCUCCAGCUUGGGCGAUUCCACUCGGACACUUUAAAUGCUCCCUGUUGCCUUUGCCAGGCACAAGGCUCUGCUCUUCUGCCUGCGAGCUCUUGGAGACUUGUUGGGAACUGUGAAACAGCUGCUACUUUCACUCCCUGGCUGUUUUCUUGCUGGAUGUAGAGGGUUUGUCUGUACAGCCUGCCUGUAGGACUGUGAAAGAGGCUCUGUUAACGCCAGGCAGUUGAUUUGACAAUAAAGAUUGGCUUUAUUUUUCCCAUCAGCUCUACUCUGCUGGCUGCCAAGGGCUGAUGUGGGACAUGGGUGAACUGGUGUUGGUUUUGGAGUCUAACAAUUAUCAGCUUAACUAGAGUGAUGGUUCUUAAGGAUAUGGCUAUAAUUAGGUCAAGCUGUUUUGUUUGUUGAAUUCCUAUUCAGCUCCCAAACUUGGUAGUGGGAAUGAACUUGGGGCCUUUUUUAGGAUUGCUGUUCAUCUCUGCUGACGAAGAACAUUGAGAAACUGCUCCUUUUCUCCUUUCCUUGCUGCCAGAGCCCAUGGGCAGAAGCAGAGUGUUGUUCUCUCUCCCUGCCAGGGGCUGCUGAGUUGUCAUGGGGAACACCACCAGUGAACGGGUGUCUGGGGAGCGCCAUGGCUCUAAAUCCCACCGCUCAGAUGGCUCCAGUGCCUCCCACCCCGCCAAGGAGCACCCACACAAGAUCAUGGUGGGCAGCACUGAUGAUCCCAGCGUUUUCAGCUCCCAUGACUCCAAGAUUUCUGGGGACAAGGAGUUUGUGUCGUGGCAGCCAGAUCUGGAGGAGUCAGUGAAACCGUCCCAGCAGGCUCGUCCAACUGUCAUACGCUGGGCCGAUGGAGGCAAAGAGGUCUUCAUCUCUGGAUCCUUCAACAACUGGAGCACCAAGAUCCCGCUCAUCAAGAGCCACAACGAUUUUGUUGCUAUCCUGGACCUCCCAGAAGGAGAGCACCAGUACAAAUUUUUUGUGGAUGGCCAGUGGGUCCAUGAUCCGUCUGAGCCUGUGGUUACCAGCCAGAUGGGGACGAUAAACAACCUCAUCCAYGUCAAGAAGUCUGACUUUGAGGUGUUCGAUGCAUUGAAGGUGGAUUCCCUGGAGAGCUCAGAAACCUCAGAUUUAUCCAGCUCCCCACCUGGACCUUAUGGCCAAGAGAUGUACGUAUACCGGCCCGAGGAGCGCUUCAAAUCCCCACCCAUCCUCCCGCCUCACCUCCUCCAGGUCAUCCUCAACAAGGACACCAACAUCUCGUGUGACCCAGCACUGCUGCCUGAGCCCAACCACGUCAUGCUCAAUCACCUCUAUGCGCUCUCCAUCAAGGACGGCGUGAUGGUGCUSAGUGCCACGCACCGCUACAAGAAGAAGUACGUCACCACGCUGCUCUACAAGCCCAUCUGAGCCCAGGCCUCACACGCACCCCACACAGGACACRAAAUGCCGCUUUGUCUGCACACACUGGGCCACAGGACUGUGUGACAACUGGCCACUGGCUUCAGCCUCGAACCUGGCAGGGACACGGGGGCCUGUGACAAACUCAGGGCCACUGGGGCCUGUGACACUGUCCCAUCCUACUGGUGUGGUUUGAUUUAGCCCUUGGUUUCCACCCACCUGCAGCUUCCCUUGGCUUCUGUGAGUCUCUGGGACCACUUUGCUGCUCACCAGAACAGCCUCUCCUCACGCCCAACACGGAAAGGGCUUCACCCUGCCUGUCUUCUCCAGCCUGUGAGGGCCUCAAGGUGGUCCUGGCACUGCUCCCAGUCCAGGCUCCAGGAACACAUCCUGUUCUUUAGAAGGUUGCGCUGCUUUCCUGGUGAUGAAUCUCCAAGGCCACCUUGUUUGCUAGGGACUCUGUGACACCCCAGCCUGCUUUCUGGCCUCUGUCCCACAGCCCUGGCUGUGGGGCUGCCCCCCAGCUUUGAGGAGGACUCUGCAGCUCCAGCCCUGUGCCAGGUUCAGCGUUGAGCCAGCAAGACAGACGGUACAGCUGGACACAGCCACUCUUACCUGCUGCUGGGAGAGCACUGUCAAGGACUGCAACACCCUGUCCCCAAUAUCAGGUGCUUCUUGUGGGACAGGGCUGAUUUUGUCACAGCCUGAGGGGCACCAGCACGUGCCCACGCUGGAGGGGCCUGGGAAGAGCAGAGCUGGGCAGGCACUCCAGGACCCUGACUGCACCACCUGCUGCCACAGCAGUGCCAUGGGACAGGGGGUUCUCUAUUUAUUACAGUAUUUAUUGUUCUCAGUG